UCACGCCCGUUCGUUCUGCCUCGACGAAGGAUCAGCCGAGCGUCGCAGCCAGCAUUGGCAGUUAGUUCUCUUGGCAACCUCGACGAGAGCAGCAACUCCGAGCAAUAUUUCUGCCGUGAUUGAAUAUCGUACGGUCAGAGUAGACGAAUUCAUUGAUGAAAUAGUGGUUUUAAACACAAGUGUGCAGUGAACAAAGAGAGGAGAUAUUCGUUGUUAAUCUACACAUAUGUAGAAAACAAAUUGAAAACAAAAAGUAAAUAAUUAAUAUCGGACAGUAAUUUAUAAAUAUAAAAUUUGUCAGCCGUGCGGAAUAUUCUUCAAAUCGAAGAUGUAUAACAUCGCAUUUCUGUGCCUUGCGUUGUGCGCAGCGUUUUUGGGCAUGACUUCUGCCCAGUGUCUGACCGGAAAUGAUAACCCGACGAUGAUAGAGCGGGAUUUCAACCAGAAGCUGUCUCAGGCGCGUCUCGACUUCGCCCUCGAUACGUUGAGGAAAACGUCGGAGUUCGAGGGGGUCGACAAUAUAUUUUACAGCCCGCACAGCCUGCACGAGGCACUGACGCUGGCUUACUUCAGCGCUCGAGGAACAACGGAAGCCGCACUAGGACGGGCGCUUCACAUCCCGGAAAUAUACUCGAAGACUCAUGUCCAGCGAUUCUACGUACUUGAAAAUGCCUUGAGGAGGUUCAUGACCGAGCAGGGAAAUGUGAGCACGAACUACGAGUUCAGGACCGCAAAUAAACUCUGGGUUACCAAGGAGAGACGUAUCAGAGAGUGCAUGCUCGACCUUUUCAAUUCUGAACUCGAGCACGUCGACUUCAGGUCAAACCCGGAAGCCAUUCGACAGAGGGUUAACCAAUGGGCGAGCAAUGAGACAAAAGGUCAUAUCCAGAACCUCAUUCCUGACGGCGGUAUCACCGAGGACUCCGACCUCGUUUUGGCUAAUGCGGUCUACUUCAAGGGACUUUGGAAGAGCAAGUUUGACGCCGCAAACUCGAAGAAGGACAACUUCUACUCGAACGGAUCUCGCACCCACCUUGUAACGUUUAUGAAGCAGAAGGGAACGUUCAGUCAUGUCGUUUCGGAGGAGAUCGGGGCGCACAUUCUCCAGCUUCCGUACAAGGGUGACGACGUCUCGAUGUACAUCCUACUGCCGCCAUUCGCGGGAGCGCGAAUCGUCGAGGGCAACGACACUCGUGACGCAGUGCAACAGCUGAUAGAGCGUAUUACCGGAACUGAGCGAGCCGGCGCCGAGCUCCGUGACAUUCUGGAGGAAGGCAUGGCGCCCAGGGAGGUUGAGAUAUUCAUGCCAAGGUUCAGUUUCGACAAAGAGCUGGCAGUCAACCAACUCUUAAACGCGAUAGGCGCCGGCGAAGUUUUGACCCCGGCUGCCGACUUCACCGGACUUCUCGCAGACGGCGAGCCCGGCCUUCACCUCGGGGACGCCGUGCAUCGUGCCGUUAUCGAAGUCACGGAGGAGGGUACCAAGGCCACCGCCGCUACCGCCAUCUUCAGCUUCCGCUCGAGCCGACCAGCCGAGCCUGCGGUUUUCAAUGCCAACCACCCCUUCCUCUACUUCAUCUACGACAGGCUUAGCCGCUCGAUCCUCUUUGCCGGCGUCUAUCGCACACCACCGUUGACCACGUCUGCUUCUUACGUUUAGAAUCUAGAAUAGUUUCCGUAACGUCAGGGGACGCAGCACGCCCAUGUUUUCCAAGAACUGUGGUCUACGAUUUUUCGGAGUAAUGAAUUCGCCGGGGACGUAUUUGGAGAGAUCGAGUUGUGUAGCGUUGUGUAAACGUGGCGUAUGCGUACCGAGAGGACACGGUGAAAGUUAGCACGCUGAGUGAUCGACUGCGCAUGCGCAAGAUGAUUGGACCUUAUUGGUUAGCUAUAACAUACCGUGCCAAAAUUUCUAUCUCGAAGGCAGGGAAGCCAACUUUAUGCUCUCAACGAGACACGGGCUGUCAAACUCUUCAACGUUAAGUGGCGAAUUGAGGUUAUGUUACCACGAUGACUAGUAAAAGUUGUCAGUCAUCGGUCAGGUAGCAAUAAACGUUCGUCAAAUUUCCUACAAGCCAUGAAUUAGUUAUUAGAAAGUUGCUUAGCCUGAAAAAAUUCGCAGCGUAUAUCUAACCUCCAUAAGUCGCGUUUAACGGCUGGUGCUUGGAGUGGCCAGCCUGCAUUAGAAGACGACGAAACUAGCGCAGUCACUCAGCAUGCUAUCUCCCACCAUUUAUUAUCGGUAUAAGGCGUAUUUUUAUUUUCUAACGAUUUCCCGGUUUAUCAAACGAAGUAUUUAUUAUACAAGGUUCAUUCGUUUUUGACAAAUUUAUUUGUGAUCGAUGUUUCGUAGGGCAAAGAGUUUCAACAUUCCCAAAGCAGGGAUCAGAUCAUACAGUUGUCGAUUUUACUGCAUAUUUUUAGAAAAUAAAAUAUGUGGUUACUAGAAAAAAAGAUACCAAUGAUGUUAUGCCGUAAAGUUCCCUUCUCUGAAUCUUGGAACAACUGCCAAAUUAUAAUAGUUUUUUAAAAAUUAUAACUUUGGGUGUUAUUUACACUUCCCGAAAUAUUCGUCAAACGCAACUUACCGAAAAUCGGAAAAAUGAAACCGCUUAUCAAUAUUAUCAUAAUAUUCAUUCGAGCGUCGUGAACUCAAUUAUUAUAUGUGUAUCAUCCGAUGCGCACGACUUUGAUUUUCUAGAGAUACCUUGUUACACCUGCUCAUACAACUUUGAAUGGUUGUAUUUUGUUUUUAUAUUUUGUUUGUUGCGGUUUAUAUACUACGGCAUGCUUGUGUAGUAAUUUAUUUUUUCCAGAAUAGUUUCUACAUGUCUUUUGUCAUUCUUUAUAUUUACGUUUACUUAAUUUUUUUCUCAUACUUAACGACUUGUUAGAACUAUGAUUCUGUUGGCCUUUGAAUUUAGUCUAUAAUUAUUUUAUAUUUGGUUUUAGAAUUACUAAUUAGUAAUAUUUUAUACUUGGCACCAAUAAUUAGAAUGAUUUCAUUAGGCUUAUGAAGGCUACGUUACAUAUUAUUAUGGAUUAUUUAUAUAUACCGCUAUUUGUAAUAUAUUGUCUGUUGAAUUGAUUGCCCAAUAGAUUCAAAUCUUGUAUGCUUUUAAAUAAUAUGAAUUCAUAUGAAACUCGUGUGUUAGGUAUACAUACUAUUUGUAGUGUAUAUUAUAUUGAUGUAUGUCCUGUAAUGAUGACUGUAAUACCACGAUGUCAACAACGGAAAGGAAGGACUACAGCGUAAUUUUGGAAAUAAAAUCGGUAUUAUUUGUUGA